AUGUCAGAGAAGCGAUCUAAUAAGCGAUCAGAGGCCGCAGUAGCAGCAGCAAAGCAUUGGAGUAGUAAGAAGAGACAAAAGGAAAACACUAAUGGGCAAGAAAGCACGAAAAGUUCUGAGGAACAUCAGGUUGAUAUUGUAUCUUCUCCCAAAGAAGUUAUUGUGGUGUCGUCUGAAGAUGAGGCACUUGAUGAAAAAGACAAUAGAGAACCUAGUCAAAGUAUUGAAUUAAAUCGGUCCCAAAUAAGGCUCAUGAGUGAUCCGAGCUAUUCGUUACAUGAAAUAAAAAUUGAUAAUGAUGUGAAUAAGGACACGAUUCUGUUAUCUGAUUUAGUUGGUAGCAAAGAUUUAAAAGAGACCUAUCAGUUCAAUUUUAGCGUAGACUUGGAGUUUUUUCUUAUGCAUUUACACCCUGACAUGUCAAAAUAUCUGAGAAAAAUUACAUUUAUAACUGGGUCCAGGUUACUUGACGCAAAUGAACUGAUCCUGGAUAUUGCGUUUAUAAAGUCGAAGUUUAAUAUCAGUGAGUUGACAGCAGAUCUUCCAAUAAGGUUUGGAACUCAUCAUACAAAAUGA